AAUGAAGAAAAUGAGAGACUUAUUAGAGAUGAUGGAGAACCGAACGACCAAUUAGUAGGGGAGGUGACAAGACAAGAGGUAGAAAGAGCACUGAAGAAAAUGAAAAAUGGCAAGUCAAUAGGGCCCGACGGAAUACCAGUAGAAGUAUGGAAAGCCUUAGGAAGAGAAGGAGUUGACAUGUUGCACCAGCUGAUCAGAGGAAUAAUGGAGAAGGAAGUUAUACCAGAAAAGUGGAGAGAAAGCACACUGAUACCGAUCUUUAAAGAGAAGGGAGACAUCCAGGGCUGUGAGAACUAUCGAGGGAUAAAACUAAUGUCUCACACCCUUAAACUAUUCGAAAGGGUGUUGGAUGAUAGAUUGAGACAGGUGGUACAUAUCGGUAGGCAACAACUAGGAUUUAUGAAGGGACUUGGAACGGUUGACGGAAUUUUCUCACUUCGACAGAAUAUGGAAAAACAUCGGGAAAAGCAGAAAGUACUACAUAUGUUUUUUAUUGACUUGGAGAAAGCAUACGAUAGGGUCCCACGGCAAGAAGUAUGGAGAAGCCUAAGAGAAAGAGGAGUGCCAGAAAAGUAUGUCAGAAUUGUCCAAGAAUGCUACAGGAAUGCCACAAUUAGACUAAAUGGUGAAAUGUUGAAGAGAGUGAAAACAUUUAAGUACUUGGGAUCAAUGGUAGACGAGACAGUGGAGAUGGAAAAAGAAGUGAAUUUCCGGAUCCAAUGUGGCUGGAAUAACUGGCGGAAAGUUUCUGGUGUGAUAUGUGAUAGGAGGGUACCAGUAAGAGUGAAGGGUAAAGUUCACAAAGCAGUGGUCAGACCUGCAAUGGCGUAUGGGCUUGAAGCAGCACCUCUGAAGAAGAACGAAAAAAAGAUGGAUGUGGCGGAAAUGAAGAUGUUGAGAUGGAUGGUAGGAGUCACCAGAAGAGAUCGAAUUAGGAAUGAAUAUAUAAGAGGAACAGUGAAAGUAAUUGAAAUCUCCAAGAAGAUCCAGGAGUCAAGAUUGAGGUGGUAUGGACACUUGAGAAGAAGAGUUGGGGAAGAUCAUGUGGGAAGGGAAGUCAUGGAAAUGGAAGUGCAGGGAAAUAGAAGAAGAGGAAGGCCCAAACGAAGGUGGAUUGAUAGCAUAAACGGAGAUCUAAGGGAGAAGAAUUUAAACCCAGAGAUGGCCAACAACAGAAAUACGUGGAGAAGGCUCAUUCACAACGGCGACCCCGAAUAGGGAAAAGCUGGGAAGAA